AUGAAUAAUUGUAACACAAAUUGCAUUGAGAAACCUUUGCGCCUCGGUUUUGCCAAACUGGGAAAAUGCGUGGCUCGGUACUCGUGGUGGUUUUUCGGAAUUCCUCUUGUGAUUUCUGCAGUACUCGGGUCAGGAUUCAGGAAUUUUAAGAGCGCCGAAGCAAAUGAUAUUGAAGAACAGUUUACUCCCACAAGUGGUGAUGCAAAACUAGAAAGAGCUUUUAUUCGGCAGCAUUUUCCAGUAAAUUUUACCGAAUUCUCGUUACAGAGGCUUUUCACAGAAGGAGCUUUUGUUUCGUUUAUUGCUGUUGCUGAAGAGAGUAACGUCCUUACGAAAAAGGCAUUUGAAGAGAUCUUAGUAUUUGACAAAAUAGUCAAAAAUUUGAAAGUUACUUACGAAGAUACUGAAUAUGAUUUUAUGACUCUUUGUGCGAAACUCGCUGGGUCAUGUUACGCAACUCCAAUCUUAAGAAUUAUAAAUCACAAUGCUGAUCUAGUGGAGAAGAUUACGUUUGAAUAUCCUCUCCAUAAUAGAUCAUUUAUUGGUGCUGAUGUGGGUGGAGUUGAGUUAGAUGGAAUUAAAAUUAAAAAAGCUCGAGCAGUUAAGAUUAGCUAUUACUUAAGAGAAGACGACGUGAAAUUUGAAAAGCCGACCAAAAUGUGGAUUCAGAUGUUUCUGGACAAAAUUUCGAAGACGUCAAAUUUGAAAUGGAUUAAGAUUUCACAUUUCAGUUCCAGGUCAAGACAAGAUGAAUUUGAAGGAAAUUCCAAAAUAAUAAUUCCACUUUUUUCAGUUACUUACUUCCUUACAAUAACUUUUUCUAUUGUAUCCUGUAUGAGACUUGACUGUGUGAGGAAUAAGGUCUGGGUUGCUUCUCUGGGAGUCUUAUCAACUGGAUUAGCUGUACUAACAGGCUUUGGACUACUGGUAUAUUGUAAGGUGUCAUUUGCCAUCAAUACUGCCAAUGCACCUUUUCUGAUUCUAGGUAUUGGUGUAGACAAUAUGUUCAUUAUGCUUGCAAGCUGGGAGAAAACUAAUGUCAACGACAGUGUUGAAGAACGUACGAGUGGAGCCUAUUCUGAUGCAGCCACCUCCAUUACAAUCACUACUUUGACUGACAUUUUGGCUUUUUAUAUUGGCAUGAUGACCCCUUUUCCAUCUGUGCAAUCAUUCUGUGUUUACACUGGUACAACAGUUUUGCUCAGCUUUAUUUAUAACAUUUCAUUUUUUGGAGCAGUUCUCGUAUUGAAUGGGAAACGAGAAGCUGCGAACCGGCAUUGGCUAACACUUAGAAAGGUUGAACGUGAGCAUUUACCAGGUGAAGGUAAAUGUUAUAGAAUGUGCUGUGUUGGUGGGGCUUACAAUGAAGAAACAGGCACAGAGAUAGAACAUCCAGUUUCUCUCUUUAUGAAUAAUCGUUAUGGUCCAUUUCUUACAAAUCGUUGGACCAAAGGGGUUGUGGUAGUCCUUUAUAUAGGGUAUUUGGCUGCCAGUUUUUAUGGUUGCUUUCAUCUCAGAGAAGGGAUCGAUAUCAAAAACUUGGCCAGUGAUUAUUCAUAUGUGAUUAAAUUCUAUGAUGAUUUAAGGAAGUAUUUUUCCAAGUAUGGACCACGUGUCAUGGUUACUGUCACCCAACCUGUGAGUUACUGGGACUCAAACAUACAAAAUGAAAUUGAAAACUGUAUGCAUGCAUUUGAAAAUCUCUCCUUUGUAGAUAGUGAUCACUCAGAGUCCUGGCUCCGGACGUACCUUGCAAUUGCUAAACAAUUGCCGAAUGUUUCCAUAAGUAAUAAACAUGAAUUUAUGGAAACACUGGAUACUUUUUUCAACUUGGCCCACAUAUAUAAGCAAGAUAUUGCUAUUUCUGUUGAUAAAAAAAAUAUUGAAGCUUCACAUUUUUUUAUUCAAACUGUUUACAUCAAUGAUUCAACUGCUGAGAAAAAUAUGCUAAUUAAGUUAAGGGAUUUGGCAAAGGACUGUAGUGUUCCUUUACAAGUCUUUCAUUCUACAUUCAUCUAUUUUGAUCAAUAUCUUGUUAUAAUAUCCACGACAAUACAGAAUAUUGGUGUGGCUGCUGGUGCUAUGCUACUGAUUGCCCUUUUGUUGAUUCCUAAUCCUAUCUGUUCUAUCUGGGUUACAUUUGCUAUUUCAUCAGUUUUAGUAGGUGUGGCUGGGUUUAUGACUUUAUGGGGUGUCAACUUAGAUUCUAUAUCUAUGAUUAACUUAGUCAUUUGCAUUGGCUUUUCAGUGGACUUUACAGCUCAUAUUUCAUAUGCAUUUGUUUCAAGUGAAAAAGAAACUGCCAAUGAGCGAUCUGUUGAUUCAUUAUAUAGACUUGGCUAUCCUAUUAUCCAAGGGGCUGUUUCAACUAUAAUGGGUAUUAUUUCAUUGUCUGCUGCAGCAAGUUACAUAUUUAGAACGUUUUUUAAGAUCAUGUUCCUUGUCAUAACUUUUGGUGCAAUUCAUGGAAUUGUUUUAAUGCCGGUUUUUAUGACAUUUUUCAGGCAUAAAGCUGCAGAGAAACAGACUAUAAAUCCAAAUUAG